CUUGAUCCCUUACCUGAAGUGAGGCAUUGAUACAUAAAUGGGAAACAGUAUUAAAGAAGGCAGAUGUGAUUGUAGAAGAGUAGUUGGAGAAACAAUUAUCCUGCAAUGAUAAAUAUCUUGCCUUUUAUCGAGACACCCUUGUGGUCUGCUUACACAAUGUACUUCACAGGAGUCUGGUUCUUCACUCACACUAGAAGAGAAGACCAAAUGUCAGAAGAACAAGACUGUGGAUCAGCCCACUGAAAGGCCUCCCUUGUAGAUUCGAACCCAUAGUGUGACAGAUGCCCCACUAUACUGCUCCCUGUUGGGUAUAGCUCAAGUGUUUCAAGCUUUAUUCUGAUGGAUUCGAACAGUGAUUUGGCUCAACCUCAUUCACCAAAUUUUCACUUUUUUUUUUCCCCUUCCCUCGUUCUUACAGUUGGUCCAUUAACCAUCACCUUUAAUGCAUUCCCCAGUGAAAGAAUGAUAAUAAAAAAAAAUCCCUUUGUUCAGUUUGGAGGCCGCUACAGUCCUCCUCACUGCCUGGCUCGCUACAAAUCAGCCAUCAUUGUACCACACAAGAACCAGGAGACGCACCUGCGACACCUUCUCUAUUAUCUUCAUCCCUUCCUGCAGCGCCAACAGCUUCACUACGGCAUCUACUUGAUUCACCAGGCUGGGAAUGCUACUUUUAACCGAGCCAAGCUCCUUAAUGUUGGUGUCCGGGAAGCCAUGAAGGAUGAGGACUGGGACUGUCUGCUCCUGCAUGACGUGGACCUCAUUCCUGAAAAUGAUUAUAACCUCUACGUCUGUGAUGAAUACUACCCCAAACACAUUGCCAGUGCCAUAGACAAAUUCCAGUACAGUUUGCCAUAUUGGUCCUUUUUUGGAGGUGUCUCUGCUUUGACUCCAGAGCAUUACAUGAAGAUAAAUGGGUUUCCAAACACCUACUGGGGCAGUCGUGGUGAAGACGAUGACAUUGCUGCAAGGAUUCAGUUAGCAGGAAUGAAAAUAGUCAGGACCCCUAUUCAUCUUGGACGUUACAAAAUGGUGGAUCUUGAGCAACACAAAGGGAGUGAAGAGUACCCAAUAAGGCCUGCUCCACUGCAUAACACCAGAAAAACAUGGAAGGAUGAUGGAAUGAAUUCUGUAGAGUUCAAACUCCUUUCAAGAAAGAAGCACCUUCUUUAUACCAACAUCACUGUGGACAUUGGGAAUGCUCCCAUGCUGCCUCCAGAGAAUAAAAACAAAGAGAAGAGAGCUUGAGUAUUAGUGCAGCACCUGGAAAUUGUGCAACACAGGAGGUGCCAGCCUAUAGCUAAUCAGGAAUCAGAAGUCUACAAAGAUUGAGGAAUUAUUUCCUGCUGUGGGCUUCACCUUUCCUCCAAACAUGCAAGGGUUAGAAGAGUCUUCAGGAAUGAGGCAUGAAAGCUACGAGACUGGAUUCAGUUUAUUGUAGAGAAUCCCUUUUAAGCGCUGUAAAAUGUGAUGCUUACUGAGCCCUUUACAC